CUUAUUGCUUCUACAGAGAAACCACUCAGCAUCGUCUCCUAGCCUUGACACUCAAUUUCCCUAGAGUUUGAAACAAAAGCUUUGCUUCUUUCUUUAUUCUUGAUGCACUAAAGUAGGAGUCUUGUCCCAAAAACCCAACCCUAAUUCAAUUUCACGUUUGAGGGUUUCUCACAAUUGCAAAAUCAGGGUUUUUUUGAGUGUAUUUAUUGUAAGCAAAACCAAAACCCUAGGGGAUGUAAUAAAAGUUAGGGGCUUUGUCCCAUAAACCCUAGCCCAGUUCGAUUUCGAUCAAAGCAGUCAAAUCCCAGAAGACAGUUACCACAUUUGGAUUGUUUUCGAGGGUUUCACCUAGAAUGGUUUCAGGCCCACUUGUUGGAGACGAAGCCAGCAACAGAUUCUAUUCCCGGAACACCCAGAAUCCCAACCAUGUCAUCCGCCACUCGUCGGAGCAGCAGCGGCAGAGCUUGAUGCAGCAGUUCCGAGGCGAAACGGCGUCGGUUGACUCCUCCAACAAUGGGCUCGCCGAGCCGGGCAAUGGGCCACGUGGGUAUUCAAAGGUUGGGGACAAGGUGAGGAUUUGCUUGAACUCCAAGACUGACAUUAAGGGAAUCAAGUGGAAGCUGAUGGGUGAGCUUGAGCAAGUGAGGCGCUUGGUGAGGAAUCUCGAAGCUAAGGAGGCUCAGUUUGCUGAAGGGUAUGGUGUUUCUCAGCUUUCAGAUACUAAUUUGGUAGAUAAUAAUGUUAGAACUACAAUGCCAUUUAGGGGUUUAAGUGUUUGUACGGCGGAGAAUGAGAAUAAGGGUGGUGAGUUUGUGGAGGAGAAGAAGAAGAAGAAGAAGAAGAAGGGAGAUCAGAGUUCUAGGAAUUCAAAGUUACCUCCUUCUGGGGGUAACAAGAAUAGGAAGAGUGAAGUUGGGCUGUUGUUGGGGUCAGAUAAGAAUUCGAGCAGAUUGUUGAAGAGUUGUAGUACUUUGCUUGAGAAAUUGAUGAAGCAUAAGCACGGCUGGGUGUUUAAUAAGGCAGUAGAUGCUAAGGGGCUUGGCCUGCAUGAUUACUAUAAGAUUGUUAAGCAUCCGAUGGAUUUGGGGACGGUGAAGAGUAGGCUGGACAAGAAUUGGUAUAAGACGGCUGCUGAGUUUGCAGAGGAUGUGAGACUUACAUUCAAUAAUGCCAUGUUGUAUAACCCGAAAGAGCAGGAUGUUCAUGUGAUGGCGGCCCUAUUGUUGAAGUUGUUUGAAGAGAAAUGGGUGGCUAUAGAGGAUCAGUAUAAACUUAAUAGGAGAGUUGAAAUAGGUAGUGAUUCAGAAUUGCCGACCCCUGUUUCAAGAAGUGCUGAAGCUCCUGCUCAGAAUAAUAUUAAUAGGAGGGUUGAAAUAGGUAAUAAUUCAGAAUUGCCAACCCCUAUUUCAAGAAAGGUUCGGGCUCCAGGACAUAAUAUUAAUAGGAGAAUUGGAAUGGGUAAUAAUUCAGAAUUGCCUACCCCUAUAACAAGAAAGGUUCAGGCUCCUCCUCCUCCUCCUCCUUCUCCUCCGCCAUUGGAGAUGAGGACUCUGGAUAGAGCAGAAUCUAUGACAAAGCCUGUUGAUCCCAAGUUGAAACCUGCAAGUGUUGGUCAUCCAGGUAGAAAGCCGGUUCCAAAGAAACCAAAAGCUCGGGACCCUGACAAAAGGGAUAUGGAUAUGCAGGAGAAGCAGAAGCUCAGCACAGACCUUCAGGCUUUGCCUUCUGAGAAACUAGCUAAUGUUGUCCAGAUUGUUAAAAAGAGAAGUCAAGGGAUUUUACAACAAGACGAUGAGAUUGAAUUGGACAUUGGCAGUGUUGAUCCUGAAACACUUUGGGAACUGGAUAGAUUUGUGACUAAUUAUAAAAAGAGCUUGACCAAAAAUAAGAGAAAAGCUGAACUUGCUCCUCAAUCAGUAGAAGAAUCUGACUAUGCUCUGCAUGAGAAUGUGGCACAAGCCACUGCAGAGGCACAGCAUGAGGCCAUAGCAGCAGUUGAAUACAACGACAAUGCAUCUUCCCCAGUUCAAAGAGAAGAGCGAGGUGAGAAUGUGAGUGGAUCAAGUAGUUCCAGCAGUGAUUCUGGAUCCUCUUCAAGUGAUUCGGAGAAUGGAAGUUCCUCUGGAAGUGGAUCAUAUUCAAAUCGCUGACAACUUAAGAUGAUUUAGUUGAGGGGCUGAUCCAUGUACAAGGCUGUCUGGGCUACAGGCCUACAGUCCAACCCAAACUUCUCCAGUAAUCUUUCAUAUAUCAUAAAAUGUACCAGAAUUAAAUUUGUUUUCCACAGACCAAAUGGUUAGGGCAUUCGUUUCUUUAUCCCAGGACUUGGGUUCGGUUACUAGUGGAGUCAGUUUCUUCCUUCUUCUUUCUUUCCCAGGACCUGGGUUCGAUCACUAGUAGUGUCAGUUUCUUCCUUUUUUUCAUAUUUUCCCUUUCUUCUUUCUUAUAUUACUAAUUUUCAUUUUCUUUUUUUCUAAGCUAUUCUUUUUUACUAAUUAUACAUGAAACUAUUUCUAGCUUUUAUCUUUUUUUUUUUUUUUGAAGGGAAAGAUCUAUUCUUUUUCAUAAUAGGAUUGAGUAUGGUAAAUGAGCUGGAUUUCUCUAAGUUCAUUUAUUUAUAGUUGGUAAUUAAUAAAAUAUGUAUCACAUAGGUAUUAAAAAUCAACUCAAUAUAUAUCAUUUUGAAAUUUUCGUGCUUUUAGCAUGGAAAAAAAAUUAGCUUAUUGUUCUAGCGCACCCGAACUUGACAUCUUGGAUCCGCCCUUGCUCUGGUAGUGGCUUUCAACCCUCCACUCUUUAACCUUUUCAAUUAUCAUGACAUUAUUUUAGAAUUCUGAAUGCCUUCUCUGUUAGGAUCACCCUACUUGUCUUCUAUGGUUGGCCAAUGUGUAUUAGGUAGCUGGGCAACUUUUUUUGUUUAAAUUAUAAUGCACAUCAUAUAUUGUAUGGGUAUCUUGUGUCCAUUCUCAUGUGUGCAUGAUGUGUUUGCUCAUGCAUCAUGAAAUAUUCUUGGGGUUGGAUCCAUUUGGAUGAAAUGACUUAACAGAAAAGGGUUUGGAUUUGACAGAAAGGUUAUACGAUUUUUAUU